GAAACGUGGAAAACUAAUGAUGGCCCGAAAUUGUCUUAAUUUCUGUAACACGGCCACAAAUUGAAACAAUAUCCGAGCAAAUGAGGGGCGUUGCAAAGCUGACCUUCUACUGUACUGUGUGUUUCGCUCUGCACAUGGCAGAGCGAGUGUGGCCUUUUAACUUGCGCGCGCGUUCUGAUUCUACUGAAUGAAACGUCCCUUUUGAUCUGGGUGACGAAUAGUACUCACUCACUGGUCUGUGCAGCGGUGGACGAAAAUUCGUUCGCACACAUCUCAGUUCCUCCAGCGGCGGCGGCAACAGCAGAAGCAGCAGAAGCAGCAGCAGCCACAGCAAUGGUUAGUCACAGACAGCUAGUUGGUUGGAUGGCUGGUUGCUAAUGCCAUCGAGAACGCUCACUAUAAUACCAUUUACGUGUUUGUAAUGUACACAUGGGGCGGCGUGUCGGAUCACGGCGAGGGGGGAAACGCGCGUGUGGAUUCGCUGCUUUUGUGUGAUUGAGGAUAUUUGUGACGAACGCGCGCAGCUCAGUUCUCUGCGAUCGGCUAUCAUGUGAAGAAGACAUACGACCGCCGCGAGUGUUGUUUUGGAAUAGAGUGUGUUGUAUUGUGGUGAUUGCUGCCAUACGGUCGAGCUGGAGGAAACAAAAGUGCCAUAGAGGAUUUAAACGUCCUUUUCAAACCUCUCUCCUAAUGAGCUGAGCCAAAGAAAAAAAUAAUUGCAAACAUGGUGAUGUACACGUACGGGAUAUCAAUAUUUGCGACAAUCAGCGCCGGAUUGGUGUUCGUAUUCGGAAUUAUAGGAAAUUUACUCACAGUCACAGCACUCCUCAAAUAUCACAAACUGCGGAAACACCCAACAACCGCAUUUGUGCUUUCACUCAGUGUGUCCGAUCUCUUCUUCUGUGCGGUUAAUAUGCCGUUAACAGCAAUCAGGUUCCUUAAUCAGCAAUGGACACUGGGCGAAGACUUGUGCAAAGUUUUUCCGGUGUUCUUCUACGGGAACGUGGCAGUAUCAGUGCUCAGCAUGGUCGGCCUUACCAUCAAUCGAUACACGUUGAUUCUGCAUCCUAGUCGAUACUCUAAGAUUUACACACCCCUCAGUUUGUUCUUCCAACUGUUCAUGAUAUGGGCAUUCUCGUUUGGAAUAAUGCUGCUUCCAUUGUUUGAGAUAUGGGGCCGCCUAGGUCUGGACGAAGAAACAUUCUCCUGUACCAUCCUCAAGAAGAACGACACCUCACCAAAGAAAUUUAUAUUCCUGUUCGGAGUUCUUGUUCCGUGUAUAGUUAUUUCCAUCUCAUAUUCUUGCAUAUUUUACGCUGUUCACAAGCAGAGAUCGAAGUUAAAAGCCCACAAUGCCAACGCAUCGGGCAGAAUCGAGUCAUUUUUCCGCAACAAGGAAGACUGUCGGCUGACGCUGACUUUGCUGACUAUAUACCUUUGCUUCCUGAUUUGCUUCUUGCCACUGAUGUUGGCCAAUGUGAUCGACGACGACGGAUCGUAUGCCAAUCUACACGUGUUUGCCUCAGUGCUCGCGUGGAUGUCGGCGGUGAUAAAUCCAUUCAUUUACGCCAUUGGUAGUCAAAAUUAUAGGCACGCUUACACGAAACUCCUUUCGGAAAUGUGCUUCUGGAAGACAAAUGUCGAAUUGCGAUCAUUCGAUGAGAUCAACAAAUCACGAACGGUAGAUCAUUUAUAGCACACGUUGGUGAUGAUUUAUGCAGCGAAUAAAAGACUUAGAGUUACGGCA